AUUCAAGCGUGCACGAGAUCUUGUCUGAUGUAAACGAGAUUUAAAGGGGCCAAAACAUGAUUCACACAUGUUUAACUAGUCACAUCUACAUAUACUGAUGUUUUGACUCGCAUGCAUGUUUUGACCAGGUGUGAGAAGAAUCUUCGAUUGCAGACAUCAACCGAAAUAAAUUCCCAUUCAGUCCACGAUGGACGUGCUACCAAGCGGGAAUAUUUUCCGUGAAUUACAAGUCGUUCACGACACGGGCUAUUUUUCUGCACAGCCAUCUCUUGAGGAUAGAUGGCAACAGAACUGCCUGGAGAUGGAAAGGUACCUGAAAAGUGAACCCAAACUGACAUCAUUCAAGAAGCUGAACCCAGAGACAGCCGAGAUGGACAGAUGUUGGGAAAAUGGACAACAGUCUUUCGGAAGAUUGACUCCAGAGGCCAAACUAGAUAUCAAGGAGGAGUCUGAUGACAUCAUUCCUGAACCUUGUGAUGAGUUUUACGAGGAUGAUGAAGAUGAUGAUGAGGAAGAUGGAAAUGAGACUGAAACUGAAGCAGAUGAUAGACUAGAACAGCUAGCGUACUUAGACCUCAAUGAUAGGACAUCAUGUGAUACACUUAGUUUGAGUAGUUUUAAUUCACAGUCCUCAGGUGUCUCAUGGGAUAGCAACAACAGCGAUCCCCCAUUAUCACCCAUCAUGCCCAAAUCAAAUGACCCAUUUGCAUUAAGACUUGUAGCACAGCCAGGGCGUACCACAACAGUGGCAGUCCGUGUGCCUUCUGCUGAUCUCAUGCAAAGGCAGUCGUACUCUUAUGUGUCCACUUCACAGAAUGGUCGCAUGCGUCCUUACACCGCCCAGCCCAUCCAACAGCGACCCCCAGUGCCUCUGAAUGGACAGAAAAUCCGAACGGAUGUCAGUCCAGACAUGAGACGUAGAAAUCACAAGUGCCCAUACAAUGGUUGUAAAAAAGUAUACACAAAGAGUUCUCAUCUCAAAGCUCAUCUAAGGACACACACAGGAGAGAAGCCGUACAAGUGCUCAUGGGAAGGGUGUGAAUGGCGCUUUGCUAGAUCUGAUGAACUUACUAGACACUAUCGCAAACACACGGGAGCAAAACCGUUCCGAUGCAAAGUGUGCGAACGAUGUUUUUCGAGAUCUGAUCAUCUUGCUCUUCACAUGAAAAGACAUCAGACAGCUGACUUAUAGCAACAGUGGUCUUAGCCGUUAACAAAUUAAUUUACACCAAAAAAAAAAAACAUGAUUCCAAUUUAUAUAUUGUGAUGUCUUGUGUAAAGUUAUCAUUCAUAUGUUUGAAAACCCUAUCCCUUUUCAAGUAUAUGUGUGUCCAAUGUUUGUUUCAAAUUAUUUUCAGGGUAUUGCUUAAUGCACAAGUGCUAAAUUAUUGAAUACAAUUUGACAUUUGAUUUUUUUAAUAUAUUUUUUUUUUGUCCAAAACAUAAUUUUUAUGGCCCCAAAGUGCUUUAUGUUUUGAAAGUCUGCAAGCUUGUGAAAAUAUUUAUUUUUAUUUUGAAAAUUCUUAGUUCUGAACUUGCAGUUUUGAAAAACGUGGUUUGAAAGAAAGAUUAUAAACUUCUUUCAUUUUUUUUUCUUCUUGUUUUUCGUUUUCUGAUUUUACUCAUUGAAACAAAAUAGUACUUAAAUAUUCAGCUGUAUUAGAGUUCAUCAGUGGCAUGGCAUUGCUUGUCUGUAAUCUUGUCACAUAUGAAACAGGUGUUCUUGAUGAAUUACUAUGCAUAACACAAUGAAUUGUCUUACAUAAUACAUACAAACAGUGUGCAUUUUGUGAACAUUUUUGAAAUUAUUGUGCAUUAAUAAUGAUAAGGCCAGGCAAAUGUUUUUCACUCCCUCGUACAAGAUUAUAUGUGUUCAAAACUAUAAGGAUUGUGUCUAUCAAGCCCCUUGUAUUGCCAAUACAAGUAUUUUGUAUUCUUCCAGUUUUUAAAACCUCUCUUCACCCCAUCUUUAACCCUUAACCUCCUAAGUUUAGAAUAAUUUCAAAUGAAAUACUGUUCGUUUGCUUGGUUAUUCUGUGUCUUCUCUCAUGAAAGUCCCAAUCUAAGUCCCUGGUCAUGACCAUGACUACGCAGUUCGAUCAUGUCAUGACCUCUUGUCAUUCUCCAUUUUCAUUUAGUUUUCUUUUCUCGAAAGGUCAGUAAGUUGUUUCAUUUGCUGUGGAACACUUUAGAUGGGUUUCACCAUGGGUAGUGGUUUUUGUAGCAAAAGGAAUAGGGAAAUGCACGAAAUCAUACUGUUCAUUUAAGCACUAUAUAGUUUUAUUAUAAAAGUAUUCUUAUUUACCUUCAUAUGUUUUUUUAUUAAGGUAAUCAUAUUUAUUAGGUUUUCAUAUAAUAUAGUUAUAUCAAUUGCUUUUCUGUGUUAAUAUGACUGGGGUAAAAAGAUUUUUACUAAUAUAUAUGAAAUCAUUUUUUUUUUCACUAAAUGAAGUCUCACUGAGGUUUUAGACCUAGUCUACUAUUUUGUGUUUGUGUGUGUUCCUAGUUCAUAUAUGCUGAUCAUUUCUCCGAUUUUGAAAUUUUAUGUGAAUUCUGCUUGAAUGCUUCUAAAAUUCUUUUUAUAUUUGUUUAUUCUUGCAUUAAAACAUGUUUUCAUUAUCAUAAUAUUUUCAAAUUUAUCGUGAUUUAUUGAAAAUCUGUUUGUGAGUGUGCUGAAAAAGGUCAUGCAUCAAGGGCACUCUUUGGUCUAGGAGUAUACCAAUCAGAUUGUCAAAUUGAUCUUGUUAAUUUGUUGUUUUGCCUGUUGUUAAGCCGGCAUUUUUUCUGUGAUAUUUUUUUUCCAUUGUAUAUAUAUUUGAUGUAUAUUAUAUAUGUACACACCUUGCCUUAAAUGUUGGUGAUAUGUAAAAA